UUUUUUUUCUUCUUGACUUGGCUAUUUGUUACGUUUAUUCACUUUAUUUUUUUCUCUAUUCUUAUUAUUAAUAUAUAUAAAGUAUAUAAACUAUCAUUACUUUGUUGAUUCCCUAUUUCCCAUAAACCAAAAAAAAAGGCAACAACAAAGCAACAAGAACGACAACACCAACUGAAACAAUAAUUACAACAAUACUAUUACUUCUACUUGAAGUUUUUUUUUUUGUUUUUUUUAAAAAAAAACUGAUAUACUCACACACACAUAUAUAUAUACGCCUUUGCCAACUAUAUUCUUCUUCUUUUUGAUAUACAUUUAAAUAUAUAUCCGACAUCGUCAUGGGCAAUUGUGCAAGUUCUAGCAAUUCAAACAAAAAUGGUGCUUACAAUCCUGAUACAGCAACAAGUCGAUUGAUAGAUAGACAAAUCAAGGCAGACGAAAAACGAUUAAAAACUGAAGUCAAACUUCUUUUAUUAGGUGCUGGUGAAUCAGGAAAGUCAACAGUGUUGAAACAAAUGCGACUUAUCCAUGCUGCUGGAUUUGAUGCUGCUGAAAGGGAGAGUUUCCGUCAUAUCGUCUUCUCCAAUAUCACUUUAACUGUACAAACUAUUUUGGAAGCUAUGGAAUCUUUGGAUAUCAAAUUUGAAGAUAAGCAAUUAGAGGAAUAUAUACCUUUAUUUGAUUCACCACCUGCCAUCAAGAAAGGAGAACCUUAUCCUCUAGAUUAUCUGUCACCUUUAAAAAGAUUAUGGAAUGAUGCUGGCGUACAAAAUGCUUGUAGUCAAGGAAAUACCUUUGCAUUACAUGAUAAUGUUACAUAUUAUUUCUCACAACUGGAUAGAUUAUGGUCACCGGAUUAUGUACCAACUGAUCAAGACAUCAUUAGGUGCCGAGCCAAAACAACUGGAAUUGUAGAAACUGUAUUUCAUCUUGGACCUUUAACUUAUCGUAUGUUUGAUGUGGGUGGACAACGAAGUGAACGCAAGAAAUGGAUUCAUUGCUUUGAAAAUGUUACAGCUAUUCUAUUUGUGGUUGCUGUCAGUGGGUAUGAUCAAUGUUUAGUGGAAGAUCGUGACUCGAAUCAAAUGCAUGAAUCCUUGAUGUUAUUCGAUACUAUUUGCAACUCCCCUUGGUUUGUCAAUACUUCUAUGAUUCUAUUCCUAAACAAGAUCGAUAUUUUUAAGGAAAAGAUCAAUGUCUCACCUGUAUCACGAUGGUUCCCAGAUUUCAAAGGCGAUAAUCAGAAUUUUGAACAGACACGAUCUUACUUCAAGAAACGAUUUCAACGACUAAACCAAAAUACUGAAAAGCGUGUUUAUACCCAUUAUACGGAUGCGACAGAUACCACCUUGUUGAAACAUGUUAUGCUGGCUGUUUCUGAUAUUAUCUUGAAUGAAAAUCUGAACACUUUGAUGCUAUAGUUUAGUAUUAUCAUUUUUUUUUUUUUACUAAUUUUUUUUGUCUUACAUAUAUUUAUGC